AUGGAAGACGAAUUCGAGACAGCUAGGAAGCCAGCACGCAAGCGCAGGCAGAGCCAGCUUGAUGCAAGUCCACCACCGGCUGACAAGCAAGCAGAACAGGCCGCUCCUGAGCCGGCCGAGCGUGUGGACGUCCAGAAGACAACUCGAUCUAAGCGCACGCGCGUGCAACAGGCACCAGCUGAACCACCCGCGCCUGUCGCGGUUGGAGGCAACAGAAUCGACGAUCUGUGCGAGCUGGUGGUUGACGUGUUCUCUGCCGAAAGGACGCAGUUCAUGAACAUCGACGACUUGCGUGACAAGGUCAACGCUCUCGCUGAACGGAAGAAGCUCAGUGUCUUCACAACCGCGGAGUUCAAUGGUGGACUGGAAAGUCUCCAAGAAGACAACAAGGUCUUUAUCAGCUCCGACUUGGUCUACAUUGUAUAA